AGAAUUGGCUCAAUUGCAAAACCUGGCACCUGACCAGCAUCGCAAAGAAAGCCGCGAAGCAUUGAUCAAAAGCCGUCGAAGUCCCUGAGGUUAGCAUCUGCAAAAUCAAUGGCGUCGGCCUUGGCGUUGUGCAAGUCGCAGCUCGCCUCGCAGCAGAAGGACUCGCUGCAGGUCAUUGUCAACAAGCACGUCCAAGACCCUGCUCUGCGGGAGCUCAGCUCCAGUCAGACUUCCACGGAGAGAGGUCUUCAGCGCUGGGAACAGGCGCACUUGGUCUCCGCGCUGGAUGUCAUCAACGAGUACCAGCGCUCCCGGCGAGCGCGUGUCUUCAAAUCCCUUGGCGACCUCGGGCCCAGCUGGCGGCGGUCCUACAAGAACGACCCCAGGACCCGAAUGUGCGAGCUGCUGAAGAGUUGGUUGCGAGCCAAUGCGGGCUGCAGCGCUUUGGCGGAAGAGGAGGUUCGCAAUAUGUGCGGCCUUUGCCGGGACAUCCUGAGCCAUCCGCAACUCUUUCCUGCGCGAAAUCCUCAAAGCUUCAUGAAGAGCAUGGCUGAUGUGUACGAUCACUUGCAGUGGCAACUGCAGGAGGUGCUGGAAAAAGACAGGAGUUGUGCUGACCUUGCUCAGCGCCUCCUUUCCAUCAGCCGCAACUUGGUGACGGACACCAUCGCCUACCUGCUGCCUUCAGCUGAGAAUCCGGAUGCAGUUGAAUCGCGCGAAUGACACGAACACGCACACACACACACAUAUACAAACC